UUACAGUUUCACGGUAAGACGGCCAGCGGCCAAGCGUCAUCUCUCUUCAGUGGCGGACCCGAAACUGUGGAGGGCAUCCUCUCGAGCACUAACUACCGCCUGAACGGUGACCUGCCGGCCAAGAGCGCGAGGCUCGCCUGCAUGUAUGGCUCGGACAGCUACUGCGCUCUGUGGCGCUACGCCGACGGAGCUGGCGCGUGGCACGGGGUGGUGCCGGACUUCGACGACUACAGCGGAGGUCAGGACGGCGGGUGGAACGCCAUGCAGAUCAUCAACGAUUCGACCGAUGCCACAUUAUCCUCACCCCAGCUCUCCAGCUGGGCCAACUUGCUU